CGCGGGGCCGGGCGGCAGGAGCGCGCUGAUUGGACGGCGCUCCCCGCGGCGCGCGGACCCGCAGCCGGGUUCGCCCCGCACAGCCCGGCGCCAGCGACCACCGCACCCAGCCGCCCGCGAAGACAUGGGCAGCCGCGGCGCGCCGGAUCCCCGCGAGGAUAUGAAUUAUUAAAAAGAAAAUGGCACAGUGGAGCACUGCAUUUCCUUCUCUUCCCACUGAAGAAAGGCAUACUAUAUGGAAAAUAUGCAUCUAAGGCGAGUGAGGACCAUGCCCCGACACAGCCAGUCCCUCACCAUGGCGCCCUACUCCUCUGUGAGCCUGGUGGAACAGCUGGAAGACAGGAUCCUCUGCCAUGAGAAAACCACGGCUGCACUGGUAGAACAUGCCUUCCGCAUCAAAGAUGACAUUGUCAGCAGUUUGCAGAAAAUGCAGAACAAAGGAGGAGGUGACCGCUUGGCCAGGCUGUUCCUGGAGGAGCAUAUCAGAAACAUAACUGCAAUUGUCAAGCAACUGAAUCGGGAUAUUGAGGUUCUCCAGGAGCAGAUCCGGGCCAGGGACAACAUCAGCUAUGGAACUAAUUCUGCCUUAAAGACGCUGGAAAUGCGCCAGCUCUCUGGCUUAGGAGACCUCCGAGGAAGAGUAGCAAGAUGCGACGCCAGCAUAGCCAGACUCUCUGCCGAGCAUAAGACAACCUACGAGGGCCUCCAGCACUUGAACAAAGAACAGCAAGCUGCCAAGCUGAUCUUGGAAACAAAAAUCAAAGACGCAGAAGGACAGAUUUCUCAGCUUUUGAACAGAGUAGAUUUGUCCAUAUCAGAGCAGAGUACCAAACUGAAGAUGUCCCACAGAGACAGCAACCACCAGCUUCAGCUUUUAGACACAAACUCUGCACGGAGUUGGCUACAACAAGAGCAAGAAAGAAUAGAGAAAGCGCUUUUACAGAAAAUUGAUCAGCUUUCCCUGGUUGUUAAGGAAAACAGUGGGGCCAGUGAAAGGGAUAUGGAGAAGAAGCUCAGCCAGAUGUCGGCCAGACUGGACAAGAUCGAGGAGAGUCAGCGGGAGAAUGUGGGAGGACAGAAGACGAAGCAGGAAGAGGAGAAGGUACACGGGCGAAUCAGCAAGCUGGAGUUACAGAUGACCGAAGACAUGAAGGAAAUGAAAGCUGAACUUAACGCUGGGUUCACAGCCAUCUAUGAAAGCAUAGGAUCCCUCAGGCAAGCUCUGGAGGCCAAGAUGAGACUGGACAAGGAUCAGCUGCAGAAGCAGAUCCAGCAGAUGCAGAGGCCAGAAACUUCCAUGUGAAGAAGGACAAGAGAAGGACCUAACAGAAGAAGAGCGCUUGCUAGGAGCCCAACACCGUUGCAGCCAGGCCGUGGCUGCGUGCUUGAUCCUUCCACCUAGGACGUGCAUGUCCAAGAAGUGUGUUCUCAUGGGUCUAAAUGUUUACCUUAGGUCUUGAAAACGCCCUAUCUUUAAAACUAUUUAAUGCAGUUUUUACCACUUUAUCUCACUUAUCUAAAUUCAGUUGUGCCCCCCCGGCCCAGAUUUUGAAAGGCUUUUAUCUUUCAUUUUAUGAAUGAAAAUAAUUUAUUUUCAAUGCUUCAUGCUCUAGCCAAGAUGACUAUUUUGAAAAAAAUGUCAUGGUAAUUUUUUAAAGUUAAGAAAUGAACAAGUUGUCACAGGAAUGUAAUUCACCUCACUUUAAAUUAAGAGAAUCUCCCACUAGGUUUAGCAUUCAACUUUUGAGUCCAUAUCUGGAUUUUGUUACCACUGUCUGUGCAUUUUUGAUGUUGGUUAUCUUACUGUAAAUCACUUGUCUUUUGUAGAGAAGAGAAUAACAUUUUGGGGGGAAAACUUGCCAUUUAUAUGAUGAAAAUACUUUUAAAAAAUUGAUAACUGCCAUAUAGAUUGCAAAUUAAAUGGAAGUUGACGACAUUUAUCUAGCUACUACAAGGCGCAAUAUUUCUAUCCACCUAGAUACCAGCUUUUACUACUUAAAGCUAUUUUUUGGAUUAUCCACAGCCUGCAUAGCGAUAGCCAUAUAUUUAAUAAUGGGAUGGUGGUUAGCAGCCUGUUUAUCUCCCACUGAAUUGUUCAUCAAUCACAACAGAAUGUGAGAAAUUUUCAGACUUUACAAUUUAUCUAAAUGUUUCCAAAAUUGGAACCCAGUGCUGGGGUUUAUAGACACUGAUCAUAACUGUAUCUUUGUGCCUUGGUUUUUAUCUGUCAGUGUACUGUCCCCUGUAAAAAUUUUAUCAGCAGAUUAGAAGGCAUGGUUAAGUAUCAGGAUUAUGAUGUAAAAAUGGGAUCCUGUGUAUUUUUAAAUGUCCUUGAAGAUUUUGUCACUGUUCUGACAUGCCUCAUUCAGUAUUAUUAAUGGAAUAGAUACUCAUACUUUUUAUGGACAAAGAAUCAAAUUGAUACUACAUUUAUAAUACUGUGAAGAAACUUCCAGCCUGAGCAACUUUAUACACAAUAGGUGUUUUAUUUUCAGCUGCCACGUUUGAUUGUUGGUAUUGUUUGUCCACCUGUGUAACAACUGGCAGUCAGACGCGCCGUUCUAAACUGUGAGGGUGCCCAGAGAAAGAACAGGAAUACUUUAAAAAUUUCUACAACAACACCAUUUUGUUUUUCUUUUUCAUUUGCAAGGACUCAGGAAAAUAAAAGCAUUUUCUAUUUUUAGAAUCCAUCACAAUGAGACUCCUAACUGGCUGUUACUGUUUACCUGUGUAAGAUAUGCUGCUAAAGAACAUAAAAUUUUACUCUCAGUAGCUUGGCAGUUUUUAUUUUAAUUUGGACUCAUGAGAGGUUAUGGAAGGAAUAUGUAUUCAACAUGCAUUCCUUUCCCCCACGCCCCCAAUCUUUUCAUCUCUCUAUAGGAAGAUAUUUCCACUUAGGACGAGGUAACUGGUGUUUUGUAAUCAGAAAGCAUAUUUCUUUUUAUGAAUGACUAGCCAUGAUUCAUGGAGUGCUCUGUGUUUGAGCACAAGCCACAGGACAAAGGGCCCCACCCUCUCAGUGUCUCUUUCCUCUGGGGAACCUAAGGAGGAAGGAUAAACACAUCUCACACCUGGGAGGAAGAGACAGGGAACACCAGCUGACUCUGGUCUGGUGGUUGAUGUGAGCUGGUGGCCCGGCUGCUGGUGCAGUCUCUCAGGUGCUCAAGAUGUGGCAUGUGUGUAUGACAAGUUACUGCUGCAGAAACUCUCCACCCUGGCUGUUGAUGGGGUCCCCCGGGAGAGUUUAAAAGCUACUGACACUGAGCAAUCUCCAGAUCAUUUGUGUCAACACCCUGGGGUUUCAGUGUGCAGCUGGGGUGGCCAGCCGUCUAGCAAGAACCGUGGAGUACUGUUCUCGCCAAAGUUCAAAAGAGAAUCAGCUUCCCUGUCUUUUCCUUUACCAGAAAUUUGCAAUAAAAAGAAUAAAAUUUCCAA